AUGUUUGCACGUCACAUUUCUAAACCAUUGGCUAGAUCAAUUCGUACUUUUGCAACAGAAACAGUAGUAGUACCACCACCACCACCAAAACCUAAGAAAGUGGGUGCAUUCAGAGGCGGUUUCAUUGGAUUCUUAUUGGGUGUCACAGUCACCGGAGGUGCUUCAUACUAUUACUUGUUGGAUCAAUAUAAUGCUGCUAAUACCGUCGUUGCUGCCGAUAUAAUUGCAUUGCAAACUUCAAUCAACAAUUUGGAAAGGCACGUCAAAUCGCUUGAACAAAAGAAGUAG